AGGGAGCAGCAAAUUAAUACAUUGUGGUGGCUGGGGAGGGCAAGAGGAAGACUUCCUUACUCCAAUAAGUCUGGAUUGUCAUCGACCUAAAAAGUGUGUUUAUAACAGAUAUAUGACUCUCUUCGUGUGAAACAUGCCUUUCUCAAAUACAUUUUCUGUUUUGCCGCCAACCAUGCUUGUCGAGCCUCCCGAUAUUUGGCAAACGAGGCAACCAACAAUUGUGAACUGAUUUUGGAAUUCAAACCAUAUGCAUUCUCACUAUAUCCAAUUUUGGCCAAAACUAAACCAAUUGGACAAUCUGUGGACAACCUGGCCAUCAUGCGAUCCCAAAAAGAAACGGAGUCCAAUAUUGCUACCAAAGCUGCAUUAACCGGAUUUGAUGUGCAGUUACGAUUGGCCAACGAAAUGUUGUUUCUAAAGCAAGUGACUACAUCAAUGAGCAUUGAAAACGCCCAAUUUGAAUGCUUGAAUCAAGGUGGAAUACUGCCCUUGGAGGAUUCGGACGAAUUCAUUGACAAGAUGAGUGUUCUUGUGGGUGAUUCAUCCUCUACUCGGUUUACCUCAUUGGUCCGAGAAGUUGGGUCGGAUCCCAAUCAGCCUCACUUGGUUUGGCAAACCGGACGAGUGGAAACCACUGUGGUGGGCCCAUCCCACCCCAAAUACACCACUUGGAAUCAGCGGUAUUUUGUGGUGAAUCCGGUCACCAAAACUUUUGAGUCUGUUCCAAGCUCAACGGUUAAAUCUCAGUUCUUUUGCCAGUACCUAGGCGACAAUUUGGCUCUCAAUAAAGUAACAUAUCCAAGCUCCACACUCUAUGGAUCAGACGAAGGCCCUGGCGUAGUGGACGGAGUCAUCGGAAUGAGCUAUUGGCAUGUCUAUACACAUUCAACGUUGACUAAACAUUGGUUUGCCGUGGACUUGGGCGGUGAGUUCCUCGUAAGUCGUCUCAUCUUUGUGGGUCGUCGAGACUGUUGUGGUGACAGAAAUCGCUUUAUGAAAGUGUGGAUUGGGAACGUGGUGCCACCUGCAGACCAACCUCUGGAUUAUGGGUCUUACCAAUUAUGUGGCGAGUACCCCUUUAUUUAUACCACGGGUCACAUCAGUGGGAUAUCAUGUGUCAAUGGAAUUCAAGGCCAGAUUGUGAUCUUGGAGAAUGGAAAUCAAGCCGGAGCAGUCACUCUUUUCCAACUAACAGAAGUAUUAAUAUUUUGAAUAAUGUUUGUGAAAGAUUGUGACUGGUGCAGUCCUUUCAAUUAAUCACUUAGAAUAAUCAAACGGUCUAUGCGGCAAAGCUAAUAAAGCGGGAGUAAUAUUUCGCUCAA